CUCUCUCUUGCUGACAAGACAUGAUUACCAAAAUCUUAUCAAACUCAACAGUACAAAACUGUGAACAAUAAAUCAAAGCAAAGGUCCAGUCUUUGAUCUUCCAGAAUCCAGACUAAUCAAAUCCUUUUUGUAUAAAUGUAGAGAGAGAGAGAGUUCUUUCUUCCUUUCUUUAUUAUUUUUUCCUUCAAGUACUCGAGAAAAUACCAUCAUCUUCCUUGACUAAGUCUUCACCUUUUUCCCAUCCCCCCCAUCAAGCUCCUGUCUGUCUUUUUCAUUCUCGAAUUCUUGCUGGUGUCAUUCACUCUCUUGUGUUUUUUCCUCUGAGAUUAUCUGAAACUUCUGAUGGGUCUUUCUUAGUUUUGGAAAAGGUGUUUGUUUUUAGGUAUUUUAGAUUCCCUUUCUGCCUGCCUGUCUGUCUCUCUCUCUCUGUCCCCCCCCCCCCCCCCCCCCCUCUUUCUAUCUGUUCCUUUGUCUCUGAUCUUUCCCUCCCAAUAAGAUAGUGAUGGGGAUAUACCUUAGUUCUCCUAAGACGGAGAAAUUUUCAGAGGAUGGCGAGAAUGGUAGGCUUAGAUAUGGUUUAUCAUCCAUGCAAGGUUGGCGUGCAACCAUGGAAGAUGCACAUGCUGCAAUAACUGAUUUGGACGCUACCACUUCAUUCUUUGGUGUUUAUGAUGGACAUGGAGGUAAAGUAGUUGCAAAAUUCUGUGCCAAGUAUCUCCAUCGGCAGGUUCGCAAGAAUGAAGCAUAUGCAACAGGAGAUAUGGGAACUUCUGUCCAGAAAGCAUUUUUCAGAAUGGAUGAGAUGAUGCGUGGCCAGAGAGGGUGGCGGGAACUAGCUGCCUUGGGUGAUAAGAUAACGAAGUUUACUGGCAUGAUAGAAGGGUUGAUAUGGUCCCCAAGGGGUGGUGAUUGUCAUGAACAGCCUGAUGACUGGGCUUUUGAAGAGGGUCCUCACUCUGACUUCUCUGGACCAACUUCUGGGAGCACAGCCUGUGUUGCGAUUAUUAGAAACAACCACCUCAUUGUUGCGAAUGCUGGUGAUUCUAGAUGUGUGAUAUCAAGAAAGGGUCAGGCUUACAAUUUGUCUAGAGAUCACAAACCUGAUCUUGAGGCUGAGAAAGAACGGAUUUUAAAAGCUGGUGGUUUCAUACAUGCAGGGCGGGUCAAUGGCAGUUUAAAUCUUUCAAGGGCUAUAGGUGAUGUGGAGUUCAAGCAGAAUAAAUAUCUACCUGUUGAAAAGCAAAUCGUGACAGCCAAUCCAGAUAUAAACACUCUUGAGCUUUGUGAUGACGAUGAUUUUCUUGUGCUGGCAUGUGAUGGAAUAUGGGAUUGCAUGUCAAGCCAGCAACUAGUAGAUUUUAUUCAUGAACAACUACAUUCGGAAAACAAGCUCUCUGCAGUGUGUGAGAGAGUGCUUGAUAGGUGUUUGGCGCCAUCAACAGCAGGUGGUGAGGGAUGUGACAACAUGACCAUGAUCGUGGUACAGUUUAAGAAACCUAUAGGGUCCCCUGCUUCCGCAGAUGAGCAAUCCUCACAAUCUGAACCUGCUGAUGCCGAAUCUAAACCAGAGGAAAGCUAAUUGAAGUACGAUCCAUCGCUUGCUGAUGUCUCGGAUGCUGAUGUCUCGGAUGCUAUUUUCCAGCCUCUGGAUGGAAAAACAUUAUAAGGAUCCUACAUUUCCAUGAAAAUUCACGUCCUUAGAUACAUAUUUGUAGAUGGUUUAACAUGGAUGGAUGAAAUAUUAAGAAAAAUUGUUUGAUGUUCUGAUGCGUGCUUAUAUGCUUCAUAAGUUUAACCACAA